UCAGUGAAGAUGCCUACUGUAAGGUAUCAGAAGGGGGAGAUGGUCAUGGGCCGCUGGCCUGGCAGCAGCCUGUAUUACGAGGUCAAGGUGCUGGACUUCGAUGCAGGAAGUAGUCUCUACACCGUCAUCUACAAGGAUGGUACCGAGCUGGAGCUCAAGGAGCCAGACAUCAAGCCUGCUUCAGGAUUCCAGACCCGGCCUCGCUCCCGUUCCCGCUCUCGCUCUCCGGGCCGUCGGCGAAGCCGCUCCCGCUCCCCGGCGAGGACCACGCGCCGCUCGUCCUCCCGCAUCGCGGCUUCCACCACCACCAACGAUGCACUGCCCCCCCGCAGGGACACAAGGCUGAAGGAUUCACUGGAAGUCAGGCUGAGUCCCCUGAAACAGACAAAGGCAGCGGUGAACAAUGGCAACAAUAAGCCUGAGAAGACAGAGGAGAAACCAAAAGAGGAGAAUAACACUGUCAACAAUAAGGGUGUGGCAGAGGCGGAGCCUGAUAAGGGCCAAGGCCGGUACAAUCUGCGCCGCAGGAAGGACGACGGAGACGCCAAACCAGCUGUGGCCAAACCAGAGCAGCUGGAGGAGGAGGAGGCCAAGCCGGCUGCAGCCCCUGCCGCCCCCACCACCACCCCGCUGGACUUUGGAGGCAAGAUAGGAGCAUAUUUCUGGCUGCUCUUCCUGCCCGCCUGGGUUCUCUUCCUGGUCCUCCAGGUGAACCAGGAGGACCCCAGUCUGACCAACGCUCCUCCUCUUCUGCCCCCUCCCGAAGCCUUCUGGGAGUUGCGGGCUUUUGGCUUGGUGCUCCUCUGGAUCUUAUUUCAGGCUGUGCUCUACACACUGCCUGUUGGAAAGCUGAGCGAGGGCAUGCCGCUUUGGUCCGGGGAGAGGCUGAAGUACAGAACCAAUGGUUUCUUCGCCAUCUCUGUGAGUGCUCUCACCGUAGCGGUGGCGGUGCACCAGGGCGUCGACAUCACCUACAUCCACAGCCACUUCCUGCAGCUGGCUGUGGCUGCCUUCCUCGUCUCGGUCCUGCUGAGCGUCUACCUGUAUGUCCGCUCUCAGUGCGCUGCCGCGGAGCAGCUGGCCCUGGGGGGAAGCUCUGGCAAUAUGGUCUAUGACUUUUUCAAAGGACAUGAGCUGAAUCCACGCAUCAGAGAAUUUGACCUGAAGUUCUUCUGUGAGAUGCGCCCUGGUCUGAUUGGCUGGUGUUUGAUCAACUUUGCGAUGGCGUUGGCUGAGAUGAAGCAGCAGGGUCUGGAUGCUCCGUCCUACUCCAUGCUCCUGGUGAACCUCUUCCAGCUGCUCUACGUGGUGGACGGCCUCUGGAACGAGGAGGCCAUACUGACCACCAUGGACCUGAUGCACGAUGGCUUUGGCUUCAUGCUGGCUUUUGGUGACCUGGUGUGGGUUCCCUUCACUUACACCCUGCAGGCCUACUACCUGGUCCGCCACCCCAUCCACCUGAGCCCCCCCGCCGUCGCAGCUAUAAUCGCACUGAAAGUUGUUGGAUUCUACAUCUUCAGAAAGUCCAACUCUGAGAAGAACGCCUUCAGGAGAAACCCAUCAGACCCCAAACUGUCUUAUCUGAAGACCAUCCCCACUGCCACAGGGAAGAGUCUGCUGGUGUCCGGCUGGUGGGGGGUGGUCCGCCACCCAAACUAUCUGGGGGACCUUUUGAUGGCUCUGGCGUGGUCCCUUCCUUGUGGCUUCAGCCACCUGCUGCCGUGGUACUACAUGAUCUACUUUGUCAUCCUGCUGGUGCACCGGGACGCUCGCGACAUGAGCGAGUGUCGGAGGAAGUAUGGCUCUGCGUGGGACGAGUACUGCCGGACCGUUCCCUACCGGAUCGUUCCUGGGGUCUACUGAGGACGCCCACGAGCCCAGGCCUUUUCUACCCAAUAUUACGGCUUGUGAGUCUCAAAAGUUCAAUUCCAACCGAUUAUUGACAGAUUUGACUUUUUAUAAUCUUUUUUGUUAAGGACCAGCAGUGUUUUUGAAUUGUUUUAUUUUUAUUCUUUUUUUAAAUGUGACACAAAGCAACACCCAGUGGAAGAAUCGCCUUUUUCAAUGGAAAUAGAAUAUUACCUUUUUAGUUUUAAAAUCUCUGGGGGGGGGGAAACGGCUUCUGCUAGUGAUGUCUUGUAAGGAUGUAUAUUUUUGUAUAUAUGCAUUUGUUUUAUACUUCAAGAAUAUUCCCGUCAGCAUAAUUUUGGCAAGUUUUGCUCCCACAAUGUCACAAUAUCACAUUUUGAAUAACUUCUUCAAGCACACCUUGGUAGUAUAACCCUGGGGGGGGGGGGGGAGCAUGUUGUGGAGGAUGCCAUUAAAUCUUCUGCACAGUGCAACUCAGGACCCAGAACUUUGUUAGAAACCUUUUGCCUUUAGAAUUUGGUUGCAUUUUGUUUUAAAAUAUUUAUAUAAAUAGACAUCUAGUUGAGUAUGAAUUAAUUUGUGAGGCUUCAAGAAAAAUGCAUGAAUGUGAAGAGGCUUAUUUGUAGUCUUCUGACCUAAUCAGUCCUGAAGUGUUUUUGACUUGGUGUUGCUACCUCAGGUUGUCCAUGCUUAGCCAAAACUAUGCACCACCCAAUGCGCUCUGUCUUCCUCCUGAAGACCAUGAUGGAAGGACCAUUUAAUGAACUCGAUGCAAGCUGUUGUGCGUUAGAUUUUCUCAACUGCAAAUGUGAACCCAAAAAAACAAGUCUUUUUUUUUUUUGCCUGUGCAGCAGUAGCGUAGUAUUCAUUAGAUUAAGUAUAAUUUUAUGCUGUGCUGACUGAAUUCCUUGUAAAUAGUUUUUGUUUGUUGUUUUCACAUCAUGUUUUUUUCAUUCAAAGAGGUCAUGAUAGGAAUGUUUCUCAUUGGAUAUUUAAAAUAAGUUUUGAGUUCAGUCUGGAUUGUGACCACUAGUGAUGUGUGCUCUUCAUUCCCAACAUGCGAUCAGAGCAACUAGAUAUUACUGAUGUGGAUGUACUAGAACUAUUGAAAAGAUGGAGCAGGAACAAUGAAUCCCAUCUACGACGUGGCUUCUCUGUACAAGAAUAUGAGUUGAAAAUAAAGAUUUACAGUAUUUGCCUUUUGCUCUU